GGUGCUGCAUGGGGUUCGAACCGUUCAGGAGCUGCGCUGCCCGAAGAUCCACUGGCGCCAUUUCUUCAUCCAAGCUCCAGGCCCUUGAUCCAGGUGCCAUUGGAAUUUUCCUCGCUAAGACAUUGGUGUGAGGUCAUUGGCAACAACAUCUUGGCGGAGUUCUGGCACAUGUUCAAGGAGGCUCGAGCCAGCUUCACAGGCUAUGGCACGGCAGCUGGAGAUGAACUGAUGCUGGAGAACGCACCGGCAGAGGGGUUCAGCCAAUGUUUGUUGCUGCUUGAUCGUCAGCCUCGAAUCGCAGCGUCGCAACGGGUCCUUGGUGUGGGCCGUGUGGCUGUAAAGCUGCGUGGCGGCGCAGUGCGCAGUGGUCAGG